AAAAAAAAUUAAAUUAUUGUUUUCAAAUCAUAUAUUCUGGUUAAAUAGGUUCAAUACACAUCAAAGUCACACAUAUACAGAGCGUACCAUUUAUUUCGUGUUUCUUUAAUUUUCAAAAUUUAUCAUUGAGUAUUUGAAUAAAAGUUGAUCACGAUAUUUUAACACAAGCAAAUGUUUUAACAAUUUUUUCUAUCGUAGCGAUUAUUUAGGGUUUAUUCAACAAAUAUACGUCAGUAGACAUUUAUAAUUAUUUUUACAAGGCUUAAAGUCCAUCAAUAACGUAGUUGUACAUUUUUUACAGACCACAAGGGGUUAUUAUAUUAUCAUUAAUGUAUUAAAAUUCAAAAUAUACGUACGUAUCUAUAGGUGUCAGGUGUCAUUUAAAAGGAUUAAGUAUUGACAAACCGGCAUACGUAAAUGUAAAAUCCAUAAUUUGUUUGAAAUUUUGAAUAAUAAUUUACUAUAGUUAUUAUCAGUACAGCGUUGAACGUAAAACGGAUUAUAAAAGUAAUCUAAACCGUAUAGACCUACACAUUUUAGAAACAAAUAAUUCGUAGUGACUUAUCGGGAUUACAAAUGAUACUAACGAAAAUAUUAAUUUGAUGGUUAUUAUUGUUAUUGUUGUACUGUUACAUUUUAUUGUAAAUCUCUAGUCGUGCCUAGCAUACUAUCUCCAUACACAGAUCAGAAGAUCGUUAAAGGGAUUUUUUACAUGAUAGAUAAAUGCAACAUAUUAAUUAUAAGCACUAAAAUUGUAUUUGUAUCUUUUCUUUAAAAAAAAUGUAACCAGAUUACUGAUUUUAUCUAGAUCCACGCAGGGUUAUCACAUUCUAUAAGUGACCACGGUGAGUUUAGUAGUUUGGAAUUUGUCAUAAGCAUAUAACUGUUGCCUAUUUAACCUAAAUAACUUAAUGUUUAUUAAUACAAUUCUAUUCAUUCAAUAUUCGGUAUUUAUGAAUCAAUAUUUUUUAGAAAAUUAUUCUUUAUAAUAUAGGGAUGACAUUUUUGUUAACGAGUAGAUAUACAUAUGAAUCUUAUUAAAUAACUUAACUAUAAUAAGUAUGUAAUAAAUAAUAAUAAGUUUAACUGUAUAUCUAUUAAAAUAUAUUUUAAAAUGAAUCUUAUAAAGCGAUUACUUUUGAUAUUAGUAUUGUGUUUAUAAAAAAAAUAUGUAUUUAUGUAUAUAUAAUUCAAAUAUCCGAAGAUUAUAUGAUAUCAGACAGAGUGAUUUAUUAUAUACAUAGGAACAAUGCACGUGUCAUAUUUCAUUGUUGUUGAAUUUAUUUAACUUAGAAUACAGAAAUUAAAACAGAAUUUUAAACAAGUGUACCUGAGGUUUACUACUUAAGUGAAAAUACAUAACACCUGCAUAAUGCAUGGUUUUCUAUAGUUACAAAAUUGAUCUUGAGCAAUAAAGUCUGCCACAAUUCUGGAGUUCAAAACAAAAAACAAAAAAGUAUUGCUAUGGUCAUUAAUAUAUAUUAUAUCAAUAUAACAAUACUAUUAAAAUGAUAGACGAUAGUAUUUUAUUUGUGCUAAAAUAACAAUCGUACACCGUAAUAUCGUAUAACAGUGGAUUUGCCAUUCAGCAAAUUAGUACACGCAAAUUAUAAAUCAGCUGUUAACUAUGUUUGCCGUUCAGUAUUUGAGUGAAAAUUAAAAAAAAAAAUUGUAUGUCCUCAAUAUUUUUCACAUUCACAUUCACAUUCGCGGUAACAAAUGAAUUGUUAGUAACGUUAAUAAUUAAUACAAAUUUACUUCGUGUGUAUAGUUUUUCAUCAUGUAGUGCAUUUCAUUACUCAUGUCAUUUAGGCAAAAGUUAAAUGGCAGUUAUUAAUUAUCAUCAAUUAACCAUGGUCAUGACCCUUAUAAAACAAGAUGGUAAAUACUAAAUUCUGCAUCUAAACUGCAAUUAAACAAUUGGUUAAAAUAUAUUUAAAAUAUGUUUAUAAUCCUCGAUGUCACACGGUUGUCAAUAGUAUCAUGCAAAUUGAGACAAAAACAAACAUUGUUUUCGUUCAUUCCAUUCGACGUUUACCAGACACAACAGGUUUUAAAAUGGAAUCUAAUCUGAGUGGCGACACUGCACUGGUAACUAAUGUACUAAUUAGCUGUAUUACUUAUAUGUCGGCUGUUUUUAUCGUAUCGCUGGUGAUUAAACUAUCGUUAAGGACGUGCCAAGAUAGAUUGACGUUCGUAAACCAAGCAGACGAUGCAAAAUAUCAUCUGACAUCGUUGUUCAUGGAAAUCGUUGAAAUCACCGAACAGUAUUGUUACACCAUGAACAUCGGAAUAAUGUUGCAGUUGUAUAUUUUAUCCGGAAAUAUGGCAGUGGUGAUAUUGUUAAAAUUAUUUUGUAACUAUUUGAUAAAACUAACAACAAACUCGUGUGCAUAUUACGUAUUUCGUACAAAUUUAGUGUUCGUAGUCUAUCACACCAGUCCGUUGGCAUUGUCUGUCGUGACUAAAUUGGGCAAAUUUAUAAUUCAACUCAAACAUCAUAGACGAGGAAAAUAUACGACGACGAGUCCGGAUGGUCAUAUUACCUACAACUGCACUAAGACGUUACGAAACAUUGUUAUAAAAGAUUUGUAUCAAGGCGUAAACGUUUUAAGAAGUAUAGUGGCAUUAAUCGCAUCAAGUUACAUUAGCAACAGGUGCAUUUGGGCUCUGUGGUCCGUAAACGUGCUGGACACGAAGAGAACAUUCUUCAAGACCCGGUGCUCUAGGAAUUUGAAACAUGCUGACACGUUGAACGCGGCCACCGGGGAAGCCGUCAUCACUUUCGCAUACUUGGCCAUGCAGUUGGGUUUGCGGAAGGCGUGCACUUGUUUUCGGGUGUCCAAAAAUCUAUUGACGUCGUUUGUGCUAAUGUUCAUAAAUAUGACCGUGUUCCGAUACACCGGCGUGCUGAUGAACCCGACUUACGCAACAGCCUUAACGUACGGUUGUCCCGGACAAAUCAAUAGGGACCAUUUCAUCAUUUUUUGGAUCGGACCAAUCGUGGGUGCACUCGUCUUCAAAGACGUCGUCAAAAUAACAAAAAUUAUGGCAUCUAUCGACGACUUGCAUAAUUUUGGAACGUUAAAAACCUUGCACGCUAUAGUCGAGGACAAUAAUCGUAAACGCGAUGACAGCGAACAAAAGAAAGAACAACUACGGUUUCGAUUACAAAAAGAUGAACGAAAACCAAGCAAUGACGAACAAUUUGCACAGGAAUACGUAUCGUUGGAAAAAAAAAUACAAAUGUUCAAAAAAAAAGAAGAAGAAAUUGAUUCGAUUAUCGAGAAGUGUACGGCCGAUGGAGAACAUACAGCGAUACGCAGAGAAACAGAAAAAAACUAUGUAGACAAAUGGGAAAAGGCUAGAAUAGAGAAUUUCAAAUUUAAAUUUAAAUCUGAAGAACUAGAAUUACAGAAAUAUAUGGCAGAGUUACAGACCAAAAUGAAAACAGAUCAAAUCGUAGACGAAGAGAACGAGCAAUUUUUGGACUAUACUAUAAAGGAAUUAGAAAAGCAAAUCGAGUAUUGGGAAUGUAAAUAUAAAACUGAUACUAAGGAAAUUGACGAAAAACUAGAAAACCUUAUUAUAACAUUGGAGGAAAAAACCAAAGAAAUAGAAAGUUUAAAAAAAACAUUCAACGAGAGGCAAACUAUUAUCGAGGAGCAUGCCGAAAAUAAGCAAAGAGUAGAAGAAGAGAAAAAACUUAACGAUCACAUGGAAAAAAUGGCCACAAAAAUUCAAGCAUGGUGGAGAGGUACAAUGGUCAGGCGUCGCCUAGGUCCAUAUAAACACCUAUCGGGGCCUAGAAAGAAGAGUAUCAAGAAACCAUUAAUAAAUAAAGGAAAAAAAACAAAGGGCAAAUAGCUGUAUAUUAUUUAAUUGUAAAUACCUUAUAGUUAGUUAUAUUGAUUAUUGAUUAGUUUAUCUGUAAGUCACAACAUCCAUAUGUCCAUAAAAAUAAUUAUCUCAUAUUAUCAGAUUUUGAAAAUGUAAUGGUAUUACGUUACCUUUAAUUUCAAUACAACAAGUUAUAGAUGAUAAAUU